AUGGGCAAAUACAGUAAUCUUCUGAUACGACGUCCAUCAAUUUUUGUAUAUAAAUUUUUCAAACAACUUUCAUUUGAUUAUCGUGAUGCAUUGAUUGAAACAGGAAAAAAAAUGAUUCAACGUCCUAUGAAAACAAUUUUUUAUUCAUCAAAUAUAUAUUUACUUAUAUAUGCAUAUCAAACAAUGCCAUCAUUUCAAGCAUAUAAAAAUAAUUUAAUACAAUUUCGUCAACAACAAAUAUUAACAUCAAGUCUUAUACGUAAUAAAAAAAUUGAAAUUUAUAUGGAUACUAUUGAAACAUUAUUAAUAUCUGAUCAAAUACAUUUUGUUGAUUGUUAUCUUUUUUCAUUAAUUAUAUAUAGAGCUCAACGUCGUUCAAAUGAUAAUUCAUAUAAAAUUUAUGAAAAUUCAUGUUCAUAUUUACAUUUAAAAAGACAUUCAAGAAUUAUUGAUAUUGGUGCAUUUAAUCGAUGGUUUAUAUUGAAUAGAAAAUUAUAUGAAGCAGAUACUUUUGAUAAUAUUAACAAUGAAAAAAUUGCUUUGUAA